GUCACGUCGGUGGGCCGGACCGUACUGCCAAUAAUGUGAAUGCAGUGUUCUGACUCUGACGGCUGACGGCUCUCCAACGCCGAAAUAUUGUAUUGUAGUUCACUUUGUUUACGGAAUGUUGAGCAGCGAAGUCCAUGAUUGUUCUUAAAAACGACUGCCCCACUCGCCCCGAUGUUCAGACGGACACUCUGCGACAGGGAGUCUCGCUGGCGUCGUUGUUUACACGUAGCAAGGCGCAAAAGCAAGUUAUCUGAGACGUGAACCCUAGUUUUCCUUAGCUGUGGUGGUCUACUCAAAUGGGCACUCUGCUGGACUCAAGCUAACGCUCAACGCGCGCUUUUGAAUGGGCGCUUCAAUUCUUCAGAAUAUUUGAUAUUUUGCUAUUAUUGCUCCACGAUUUUAUCAUGAGUGCCUGUUCUGUCCGAGGCUGCACUGUAAGCUAUGCCAAGCGACCUGAGGGGGUGAUGCUUUUCACAAUUCCUAAAGAUGAGAGGCGUCCAGCUUGGGUGGAAGCGCUUAAAGGGAAGGGAUCCAAUUGGGUCCCGCCUUCAAGUGUCAGGAUUUGUAGCCAGCACUUUGCACCCGAAGCCUUUUGGAAAAAUCAUCCUGGGAAAAGGCAGAAAGUUCUACUUCCUGGUGCUAUUCCUACUCUGCAACUUCGGCCAGCUUCUACUGAGGUGCGCGACGGGGGGACGGGGGAGAGCCCGACACUGCUACCACCUCCCUUGAAUGAAUGCGCAGAAAAAAUGUCAGAAAAGGAAAAAUAUGAUCAUUUUUUGAGCCUGUGUGCUCAGGCUGCAGAUCUGGUUUCAAAAUGUGAUGUUAUGCUGUUUCUUGAUAAGUGCAAGAUAAUAAAAGACAUUAUAUCUAGUUUAGAGAAGAAUGUAGAAGUUGUAGUUAUCUCAAAUCCUCUAGGCGAUAAACGUGUUCCUGAUGGCACCCACCAACAAAGAAACCAUCUUUGCCUUGAUGGACCCCAGGUUCUGGGUAAAGACAAUGAGCCCCAAGUUUGCAAUAAGAAGUUUAAACAGUCAAGGUCUCUUUUGAGGGCACAAGCUGGGGAAAAGCAAGGGGAUAACACUCUGAAAAGAGAGAGUUUAGUCAUGUGCCGUAAAAACAGCAGGAUCACGAACUGUUCUGGUGAUAAAGGUGAUUUAGGUGAUAAAGGUGUCUCCUCUGACGUUCAUGAAAUCCCCCUUCAUGUUGAUGCAGCUCCCGUCAUUUUGGCUGAUACUAAACAAGAUGAUGAUGACUUCCAUUAUGAAAGGAAAUCUGUAAAUUUGUCACAGAGUGAUAAUUUAAGUUUGCCCACACCCCACAUCCAGGACAAAACGGACCAGAAUGAUAAUAAGGACAAUUUUCAUGAUGUUGCAAGUCUUAAGAACUCUUUUAAUCAGUCUCCAAGUGAUGGCGUCCCUGAUGAUCUUCGGAGUGCCAAGAACAAGCCAGAACAGAAAAAGAAGAAGACUGUAAGAGGAGAUAGAUCAGUUUUGUGCCAUGUCUGUAGUAAGAUGAUGAAAGCUCAAAGACUUCGAGCACACUUAAGAAUCCACUCAGGGGAGAAACCUUACGAGUGUAAAGUUUGCAAUAGGAAGUUCAGUCACAGAAGUAAUCUUAGGAACCAUAUGUCUACUAUCCAUUCAGAGGAGAAGCCUCAUGAGUGCAGCAUUUGUGGAAAGAAGUUUAAAGUUAUGAAAAAUCUAAAAGGUCAUCUUGAAUUCCAUAGAGGUGAAAAGCGUUAUGAAUGCCGCAUUUGCUCAAAGAAGUUCCGUCUUCCAUCUGGUUUAAAGAAACAUGCUAGAGUGCAUACAGGAGAAAAGCCAUUUGAAUGCACAAUUUGUAAUACAAGGUUUACACAAAAACAUGCUCUUGAUACUCAUGUUGCAAAUUCCCACACAGGAGUAAAGCCUUUUGAGUGCACACAAUGUGGUAAGAAGUACAGGUUUAGGAGUCAGCUGAAUUCUCAUAUUAAAGCCCACAAAGAGAAAGAGAAAGAUGUGAAGAAUGGAACAAAGAUAGGCAAAAGCCAUACAGGUGAAAAGCCUUUUGAAUGCGCAGUUUGCAACAAGAGGUUUGGUCAGUCAUGUGAACUGGAAGCUCAUGCUCAAGUUCACACUAUAGACAUUAGCGAAGCCUUAUGAGUGUCAGUGAGGAUUGAGAAAAUUGCCCACGGAAGAAACCUAAGGAAACAUUUCAUGUUUGCAGGCCAGCACUCACUUUAAAUUGAAUUUCAGUUUUCUCCUUUUCACUUUUUAAUGUCUGUUCCGUCCAAUUUUUGAAAAAAUAUUUUGUUUAACUUUUAAUAAGAGAGUUUGAAGUGUGUCAUCUUCCAUGGAGUUGAAUAUCAGUGCUAUGCAUUGCAUUGACACCACAGACUUAUUCCACUCAGCUUUUUCCACUCCGUCUUCCUUGCACCUGCUUGCAUCCUUCCAGAAAAAUAAACUUAUGUCCAUGGACUCAGAGAUUGAUUAUUAAACCAUUUGAAGAGAGAAAUUAAAUAAAUUGAACUGUAAGCACUUGUA